GCGGUAAAGGCGACGUAAAAACGGCCAACCAACGAUAGCCGUCGUUCGCAGUGGCAAGACGACAGCCGUUGUCAGUAGUUCCAUCAGCAGUAAUGCUUUAGACGUCGCAGACUACGGGGUCAUUCUCCACGCCGGGCUAAAUUCCUAUUAGGAGUGACAGUGCUGGCACGAUGUAACGAUUAGUCGCAUUCCGACCAACAUCUGGAAUAACCGGAGACUCUAGCGCAUCAUAUCGGCAAAUAAUCCUGCUACAUAGCCGAUGUCUAUCCUUCGGCCAUCCGAUGACCCCACGUUUGCUGUUCAUAUUUUCCCGCUCCGCUAGCAGACUGAGAAAGUCCCCAUUGAGAAGACGAGAUCGAGUAUUGCGCGACUACGAACAGAAACGAUUCCAGCGUAUUCAUCGAAAUAAAAUAAACUUUAUGAUCCGUAAGUGGUAAACGCUAUUACCAUUUCUUUUUCUCGCCUAGAAGAAAUCCUGCCCUCUUGUCUCAAUGAAAAUGAUGGCGGUAAUCCUUAUGACAACGCAGAAUCCUGGCGACGCAUCGACGGCGUAACGUUUCAAAAGGAACAACAGUUAAUGUUGUUCUUGGCAGAGUGACAAGCCGUCGACGCAUUAACCGAUGGAAGAAAAGCUUACUUACACCUAAAGCCUGUUGUGAUUUUUCCUUUUACCUGCGCUUCUCUAUGCGCCAGACCUGAUUGGGCGAUGUUCACUACGGCUAGAGCGUACUGUUUACUUCUGUCGCUGGGAAUACUUUAAUUUCGUCUCUAUCUGCUGAUGCUUGGCAAUGGGAACAUCAUCAAGUAGAUCAAAGAAGGACAACGAGAAAGAGUGUAUUUCAUCGGAACAUGGGCGACUCGGCUGGACGGAAUUGGUUACAAGCACGUCAAGUAGGGUUUUAAGGGAAUUUCCAGAUUGUCGCAAACCAGAAAACAGCCCUGCGUCUUGCUAUACGCUGGAACGGCAAACCGAUGACCCAGAUUCACCAGUCACGUUCCUGAGUAUAGCGUUUGAGGAAUUAACAAGUCUACCAAUCCAAGAGAUUCCUGACCAACUUUUCAACACUGUCCAGUCGCUUGAUCUCAGUAAUAAUCGAUUCAGCAGAGAUGUACAGUUUUUAUCGGAGUUCGAGAGCCUCGCAUCGGUAAACCUGGAUCACAACCGUCUAGAAUGUCUAACUGCGUUUCCGCGUCUUCCACGACUACGUUCUCUAUCACUUAACUUCAACCGAAUCUUGUCACUUCAUCCGUUCGUGACAUCGCUGGCUACGCAAUGCCCCAGACUAAUCUUCCUCUCGAUGAUGGGCAACGAGCUCUGUCCAAACUACCUCAACGGUGGAACCGAGCAGCAAAACGAGCUAUAUAGGUUGUAUGUCAUCCGUCAUUUCCCUAAUUUGCGGUACGUGGACGAUGGUCCAGUGUCACCUAUUGAGCGGGAGCGGGCAAUAGCCUCCUCAAACACACACUCGUCACUUUCAGCGCAGCUGGGCCACUCAUCGCUUGGGAGCGUCGACGAGGGCAUCGACACCGAGUAACAACACGUUAAAUGUCGUUUACUAGGGUCGUAUUGUUGUUACCACGCGUCACAUAACUGCCUUCGACACUGAUUGGUCUGCCACCGUAGACAACCUUUUUGUAGAAUCACAAUGUAGCAAUGGCAACACUGCGGAAUGCCCUUGAUAGGCAUAUAGGGCUUUGUCUUCUUGGGUGUAAAUAGGUUUUAUGUAUCACCAGGGGCCAACUGCGACCUAACUAGGAACACUUAUCUCUGUGCAGUCAAAUUCUUAGCUACACCGAAUCGUUUACGUGUUUUCGUAGGAUCUGAAAAAAGGGCUUCCACAAUGUCAUCGUAAAUUUUGACCAAAUUGCACUAUAAUAUUCACUGCUCAUUAAAUGAACGCCCACGGUCCUGGCGCUCUCUUACACCUGACAUAAUUAUUAGAAAUUAUUAGGAAUGUAUUGUACUUAGAUUGGGAGUGUCGUACAUGGAAUAUUCAUGGGGCUCGUUGCCCUUGUUUCGAGGAGGGAAUUUCUUUUAAUUAUUUGUUUAUGUCAUCUCGUACAGUACCGACCCAUAAAGAACGGAUAAAACUACACAUUCUUAAUAAUAUUCAUAACAUAAUAUGUAACGUUCAAUACAAAAAUAUAACUUACACAUAUACAUACAGAUGGUGGCAGUUGAUCGUUCGGAAUUUUCAAAAAUUCUGCAGAUCUCGGUUACUCAUAUAUAAUAGGCUAUCCAUAUCCGAGACGUUAUGUCUCGGAAGUAUAGAUGUUUUAUUCUUCAGGAACAGGUUAACUUGUACGAGUCCGAUUGCUUUUUUUUAGCAGCGUCAAGUGCUUUGUCUAACGCCGAUGCGUUCGUCAAUGCGACACUGACGUCAAAUGAUUUAUGCGCGGUACGGCCCUCGAUUAGCAAAAUUUAAAAUAUACUUUAGAUCAUCUUCUUUUUUUCCAUACUGUUGGCGUUACCAAUAAUGCGAAAUCUCCAACGGAAAAACACUAGAUGAGACCAAUCUGCGUUUGAUUGAAAUAUCUGCAAUGCGUUAAUGAACCCUGAUACUUAACGUGCGAGCCAUGGAACUCGUGCUUUUUUCUUAGGGAAAACAUGGACGCAAAAUGGGCGAGAUACUACUCUUUUUUGGUUUUCGCGCCAAGGGACUAAACGAAAGCUACCCAAUAAAGAGAACAGUCUCCACAGUUGCAGGGGAACGAAGUGCAGUGCAUAAACUCGGUCGAGACUGAUAGAACAUUGGUUCAAAUACCCAGAUUUUUGUAGUUAAAAAAUAAUAACGUCAUAGCAUUUUAUAGCCGUUAGAAAAUAUAACUGGUAGCUUUAAUAACAAAAUUUUGAGGAACACCCAACCCACUCAAGUAAAACAUUUAGCCAUUAAUGGAUUGAAAAUGUGGUAAGCGUUAAGAUGAAUUGCUGGAAGCACACUUGAAAUCAGCAGGAUUCUUCGGCGAACUUUCGAGCCUUUAUUUUUUAGCCGCAUGUCGACGGUUAGAGGCAAAACGAAACAUGUCUCACUAUACACUAUUGGCUGGUCCUUGGACCUAACGGUUUAUACCUACAUGGUAUUUACUAUACAGCGAGUAAUAUAUCUGCAUAUCGGCCCGUGAUCAAAUCGUAUGGACAUAGGACCGGAGAGUAGUGAGCAAAAAACGACACCCGCUCUAAUUAUGUACAUUUCGUUUAAAGAUUUUGCGUUGUAUGAAUAAAGUUUUACUGUACAA